GCCGCGCCCCCGCCAGCUCCGCUGCCCAGCGCCAGGCCGGGGGCCCGCCGCGCCUCCGCAGCGCCCGGCACCCUGAGUUCAUUUUGGAAGUGGAUAACUACUCAGAUUGCAAGGAUAGCAAGAGUGCUGAGAGCCCAAUUUGUAGGAGCCAUGGAAGAGUCUUCCCAACCCAGUAAACCCCCAGAGACGAACCCUCACUCUCGCUUUAUUAUUGGCUCUGUAUCAGAGGAUAACUCAGAAGAUGAGACAAGCUCCUUGGUGAAACUUGAUCUGCUAGAGGAGAAAGAGAGGUCUUUGUCGCCUGCGUCUGUCUGCUCGGAUUCCCUUUCAGAUCUAGGACUAUCUAACACUCAAGAUGGUGUGGCAAGCCAUAUGAGGCCCAGUAUGUCUGGUUUGCACCUUGUAAAGCAAGGCCGGGACAGGAAGAAAUCUGAUGCGCAGCGGGAUUUCACUGUGGCUUCUCCAGCAGAAUUUGUGACUCGUUUUGGAGGGAAUAAAGUUAUUGAAAAGGUCCUGAUAGCCAAUAAUGGCAUUGCAGCAGUGAAAUGCAUGAGAUCCAUCCGACGUUGGUCCUACGAGAUGUUUCGGAACGAGCGUGCAAUCAGAUUUGUUGUCAUGGUGACUCCUGAGGAUCUGAAAGCAAAUGCAGAGUAUAUUAAAAUGGCAGAUCACUACGUCCCAGUUCCAGGAGGACCAAACAACAACAACUAUGCAAAUGUGGAACUCAUUCUUGAUAUUGCUAAACGAAUUCCAGUGCAGGCUGUAUGGGCUGGCUGGGGCCAUGCAUCUGAGAACCCUAAACUGCCCGAACUUCUCCACAAAAAUGGAAUUGCUUUCAUGGGUCCUCCAAGCCAAGCAAUGUGGGCCUUAGGAGAUAAAAUUGCUUCUUCAAUAGUGGCUCAGACGGCUGGCAUUCCAACUCUUCCUUGGAGUGGCAGUGGCCUUCGAGUGGACUGGCAGGAAAAUGAUCUUCAGAAGCGUAUCUUGAGUGUUCCUCAGGAACUCUAUGAAAAAGGCUAUGUGAAAGAUGCAGAUGAUGGACUGCGGGCUGCUGAGGAGGUUGGCUAUCCUGUCAUGAUCAAGGCUUCUGAAGGAGGAGGAGGAAAAGGAAUAAGGAAAGUUAACAAUGCAGAUGACUUCCCCAACCUAUUUAGACAGGUUCAAGCUGAAGUCCCAGGCUCUCCAAUCUUUGUGAUGAGGUUGGCCAAACAGUCCCGUCACUUGGAGGUGCAGAUCCUGGCUGAUCAGUAUGGCAAUGCCAUCUCUCUCUUUGGCCGGGAUUGCUCCGUGCAGCGCAGGCACCAGAAGAUUAUUGAGGAAGCUCCUGCUUCUAUCGCGACGUCAGUGGUGUUUGAGCAUAUGGAGCAGUGUGCAGUGAAGCUUGCCAAAAUGGUAGGAUAUGUGAGUGCAGGCACUGUGGAAUACCUGUACAGCCAGGAUGGCAGUUUCUACUUCCUGGAGUUGAAUCCCCGCCUGCAAGUGGAGCACCCCUGCACUGAGAUGGUGGCUGAUGUUAAUCUGCCAGCAGCACAGCUCCAGAUUGCCAUGGGAAUUCCCCUCCACAGGAUCAAAGAUAUCCGAGUGAUGUAUGGUGCUACUCCAUGGGGUGAUGCAUCUAUUGAUUUUGAGAACUCAGCCCAUGUCCCCUGUCCACGAGGACAUGUCAUUGCUGCACGUAUCACCAGUGAGAAUCCUGAUGAGGGAUUUAAGCCCAGUUCUGGUACAGUUCAGGAGCUGAAUUUCCGCAGCAAUAAGAAUGUCUGGGGCUAUUUCAGUGUUGCUGCUGCAGGAGGGCUUCAUGAAUUUGCUGAUUCUCAGUUUGGUCACUGCUUCUCCUGGGGAGAAAAUCGUGAAGAAGCCAUCUCAAACAUGGUAGUGGCUUUGAAGGAGCUGUCAAUCCGAGGAGAUUUCAGAACCACUGUUGAGUACUUGAUCAAACUGUUGGAAACAGAAAGCUUCCAGCAGAACCGCAUUGACACUGGCUGGUUGGAUCGGCUGAUCGCUGAGAAAGUUCAGGCUGAAAGGCCUGAUACCAUGCUGGGAGUGGUGUGUGGAGCUCUGCAUGUGGCUGAUGUCAGUCUCCGAAACAGCGUCUCCAACUUCCUGCACUCUCUAGAAAGGGGCCAAGUCCUUCCUGCUCAUACUCUGCUAAACACUGUGGAUGUGGAACUCAUCUACGAAGGACGGAAGUAUGUGCUGAAGGUGACCCGACAGUCUCCCAAUUCCUACGUGGUCAUCAUGAACAGCUCGUGUGUGGAAGUUGAUGUGCACCGGCUGAGUGAUGGAGGACUGCUCCUAUCUUAUGAUGGCAGCAGCUAUACAACCUACAUGAAAGAAGAAGUGGACAGGUAUCGCAUCACUAUAGGUAACAAGACCUGUGUAUUUGAGAAGGAGAAUGAUCCCUCUAUUCUGCGCUCACCUUCAGCUGGGAAGCUUAUCCAGUAUGUGGUGGAGGAUGGGGGACACGUGUUUUCAGGACAGUGCUUUGCAGAAAUAGAGGUGAUGAAAAUGGUGAUGACACUAACAGCAGGAGAAUCAGGCUGCAUCCACUAUGUCAAACGCCCAGGGGCAGUCUUGGAUCCAGGCUGUGUGAUUGCCAAGCUCCAGCUGGAUGAUCCCAGCAGGGUUCAGCAGGCUGAGCUGCACACAGGCACCUUGCCACAGAUCCAGAGCACAGCGCUUCGAGGCGAGAAACUCCACCGCAUCUUCCAUUAUGUCCUUGAUAACCUGGUCAAUGUGAUGAAUGGAUACUGCCUGCCAGAGCCUUACUUCAGCAGCAAGGUGAAAGGCUGGGUUGAGCGGCUAAUGAAGACACUGAGGGAUCCAUCUUUGCCUCUGCUGGAACUUCAGGACAUAAUGACCAGUGUUUCUGGACGGAUCCCACCCAAUGUAGAGAAGUCUAUCAAGAAAGAGAUGGCCCAAUAUGCCAGCAACAUCACUUCAGUCCUUUGCCAGUUUCCUAGCCAACAGAUUGCCAAUAUCUUGGAUAGCCAUGCAGCCACCUUGAACCGCAAAUCAGAGCGUGAGGUCUUCUUCAUGAACACUCAGAGCAUUGUGCAGCUUGUACAGAGGUACCGGAGUGGCAUUCGGGGUCACAUGAAGGCAGUGGUGAUGGAUCUGCUCCGGCAGUAUCUGAAGGUGGAGACUCAGUUUCAGCAUGGUCACUAUGACAAGUGUGUCUUUACCCUUCGGGAAGAGAAUAAAAGUGAUAUGAAUGCUGUAUUGAACUACAUCUUCUCACAUGCUCAGGUCACCAAGAAGAACCUGCUUGUUACAAUGCUUAUUGACCAGUUAUGUGGCCGUGACCCCACCUUGACAGAUGAGCUGAUUAAUAUUCUGACAGAGCUGACCCAGCUCAGCAAGACAACCAACGCUAAAGUGGCCCUGCGAGCACGGCAGGUUCUCAUUGCUUCCCAUUUGCCAUCCUACGAGCUGCGUCACAACCAGGUGGAAUCCAUCUUCCUGUCUGCCAUUGACAUGUACGGACACCAGUUCUGCAUUGAGAACCUGCAGAAACUCAUUUUGUCUGAGACAUCCAUCUUUGAUGUGCUACCCAACUUUUUCUACCACAGUAACCAGGUGGUAAGAAUGGCAGCUUUGGAGGUGUAUGUUCGAAGGGCUUACAUUGCCUAUGAGUUAAAUAGUGUCCAGCAUCGGCAGCUGAAGGAUAACACUUGUGUGGUGGAGUUCCAGUUCAUGCUGCCCACCUCCCAUCCAAACAGAGGGAACAUCCCCACGCUAAACAGAAUGUCCUUCUCUUCCAACCUCAAUCACUAUGGGAUGGUCCAUGUGGCCAGCGUGAGUGACGUGCUGCUGGACAACUCCUUCACUCCGCCGUGCCAGCGGAUGGGUGGGAUGGUCUCCUUCCGCACCUUCGAAGACUUUGUCAGAAUCUUUGAUGAAGUGAUGGGUUGCUUCUGUGACUCUCCUCCCCAGAGCCCCACCUUCCCUGAAGCUGGCCAUGCAUCCUUGUAUGAUGAAGACAAGACUGCCCGUGAGGAGCCCAUUCACAUUCUUAAUGUGGCUAUUAAAACAGAUGGUGAUGUUGAUGAUGAUGGUCUGGCAGCCAUGUUCAGAGAAUUCACACAAACCAAGAAAUCGGUCCUGAUAGAACACGGGAUUCGGAGGCUGACUUUCCUUGUGGCACAAAAGGACUUCAGGAAACAGGUCAACUAUGAGGUGGAUCAGAGAUUUCACAGGGAAUUUCCAAAGUUCUUCACGUUUCGUGCCCGGGAUAAGUUUGAGGAAGAUCGGAUUUACCGUCACCUCGAGCCAGCUCUGGCUUUUCAGCUGGAGUUGAACCGAAUGCGAAACUUUGAUCUCACUGCCAUUCCAUGUGCCAAUCACAAAAUGCAUCUCUACCUGGGAGCAGCCAAAGUGGAAGUGGGAACAGAAGUGACAGACUACAGGUUCUUCGUGCGGGCUAUUAUAAGGCAUUCGGAUCUGGUUACCAAGGAAGCCUCCUUUGAGUAUCUGCAAAAUGAGGGAGAGCGAUUGCUUCUGGAAGCCAUGGAUGAGCUGGAGGUGGCAUUUAAUAACACCAACGUGCGCACUGACUGCAACCACAUCUUCUUAAAUUUCGUGCCUACUGUCAUCAUGGACCCAUCUAAGAUUGAGGAGUCCGUGCGGAGCAUGGUGAUGCGCUACGGCAGCCGCCUCUGGAAGCUCCGCGUCCUCCAGGCCGAGCUGAAGAUCAACAUUCGUUUGACACCAACUGGGAAGGCAAUUCCCAUUCGUCUCUUCUUGACUAAUGAGUCAGGCUACUACUUGGACAUCAGCCUGUACAAAGAAGUGACAGACUCCAGAACAGGGCAGAUUAUGUUCCAGGCGUAUGGGGAUAAACAGGGACCACUUCAUGGAAUGCUGAUCAAUACUCCAUACGUGACCAAAGACCUACUGCAGUCCAAGAGAUUCCAGGCACAGUCUUUAGGGACAUCAUAUGUCUAUGACAUUCCUGAGAUGUUUCGACAGUCUUUGAUUAAACUCUGGGGCUCUAUGAAUGAACAUGCAUUCCUGCCAACGGCGCCGCUGCCUUCCGACAUCCUCACCUACACGGAAUUGGUGCUGGAUGAUCAGGGCCAGCUCGUGCACAUGAACAGGCUGCCAGGAGGAAAUGAGAUUGGGAUGGUGGCCUGGAAGAUGACUCUGAAGACUCCCGAGUAUCCAGAGGGCCGUGACAUCAUUGUCAUUGGCAAUGACAUCACGUACCGAAUAGGCUCUUUUGGGCCUCAAGAGGAUGUGCUGUUCCUGAGGGCUUCAGAGCUGGCUCGCACACACGGCAUCCCCCGCAUCUACGUGGCUGCCAACAGCGGAGCCAGGAUUGGUUUGGCUGAGGAGAUUCGACACAUGUUCCACGUAGCUUGGGAAGACCCAGAUGACCCAUACAAGGGUUACAAAUAUUUGUACCUGACUCCUCAAGACUAUAAGAAAGUCAGUGCCCUGAACUCGGUCCACUGUGAACAUGUGGAGGACAAUGGAGAAUCCAGGUAUAAGAUAACAGAUAUUAUCGGAAAGGAAGAUGGACUUGGAACAGAGAACCUCAGAGGAUCUGGCAUGAUUGCUGGAGAAUCAUCUUUAGCCUAUGACAGUAUUAUCACCAUCAACUUGGUGACAUGUCGGGCAAUUGGAAUUGGGGCUUACCUUGUUCGGCUGGGUCAGAGGACUAUCCAGGUUGAGAACUCUCAUAUAAUCCUUACUGGCUGUGGAGCCCUCAACAAAGUGCUUGGACGGGAGGUGUACACCUCCAACAACCAGCUGGGUGGCAUCCAGAUCAUGCACAACAACGGCGUCACGCACGGCACUGUCUGCGAUGAUUUUGAAGGAGUCUACACUAUCCUGCAGUGGCUUUCCUACAUGCCAAAGAGUGUAUACAGCCCUGUUCCUAUCCUCAAAGUCAAGGAUCCUAUAGACAGAACCAUAGACUUUGUUCCUACCAAGACCCCCUACGACCCUCGCUGGAUGCUGGCUGGACGCCCAAAUCCAAGUCAGAAAGGACAGUGGCUAAGUGGCUUCUUUGACAAUGGCUCGUUCCUGGAGAUCAUGCAGCCCUGGGCACAGACAGUUGUGGUUGGCAGAGCAAGGCUGGGAGGGAUACCUGUAGGAGUAGUUGCCGUAGAAACAAGGACGGUGGAGCUCAGCAUCCCUGCUGAUCCUGCAAACCUGGACUCUGAGGCCAAGAUAAUCCAGCAGGCUGGUCAGGUGUGGUUCCCUGACUCUGCCUUUAAGACUGCACAGGCUAUCAACGACUUCAACAGAGAAGGGCUGCCUCUCAUGGUCUUUGCUAACUGGAGAGGCUUCUCUGGUGGAAUGAAAGACAUGUACGACCAAGUGCUCAAGUUUGGUGCCUACAUUGUGGAUGGCCUGAGAGAGUAUCGGCAGCCUGUGCUGAUUUACAUCCCGCCACAGGCCGAGCUGAGAGGAGGCUCUUGGGCUGUGAUCGACCCCACCAUUAAUCCUCGCCACAUGGAGAUGUAUGCAGACAGAGAGAGCAGAGGAGGGAUCCUGGAACCAGAGGGGACGGUGGAAAUCAAGUUCCGCAGGAAGGACCUGGUGAAGACCAUGAGGCGAGUGGACCCCGUCUACAUCCGCCUGGCAGAGCGGCUGGGUACCCCUGAGCUGAGCCCUGCUGACCGAAAAGAGCUGGAGACCAAGCUGAAGGAGCGGGAGGAGUUCCUGAUCCCCAUUUACCACCAGGUUGCCAUGCUGUUCGCCGACCUGCACGACACGCCGGGCCGGAUGCAGGAGAAGGGCGUCAUAACCGACGUUCUAGACUGGAAAACUUCCCGUACCUUCUUCUACUGGAGAUUGAGACGUCUUCUGCUAGAAGAUGUGGUAAAAAAGAAGAUCCAUGAUGCCAACCCUGAGCUGACUGAUGGGCAGAUCCAGGCCAUGCUGAGACGCUGGUUUGUGGAAGUCGAAGGGACAGUGAAGGCUUACCUGUGGGACAGCAACAAGGACCUGGUGGAGUGGCUGGAAAAGCAGCUGGCAGAGGAGGAAGGAGUUCGCUCUGUUGUGGAUGAGAACAUCAAAUACAUCUCGAGGGACUACAUCCUCAAGCAGAUCCGGAGCCUGGUCCAGGCCAACCCGGAGGUUGCCAUGGAUUCGAUUGUGCACAUGACCCAGCAUAUAUCACCCACGCAGCGAGCCGAGAUCGUGCGGAUCCUCUCCACAAUGGACUCGCCUUCUUCAACGUAAGAGCAUCGAUUUCCCACACUCCCCCCGCCCGCUACAGUGGAGGGGGAAUAAAAGGCUCCGAAUCGCCCUUUGUCUGCUCAACUGCGCCCACUGUACCGAGACGGGGAGGCUCAGGGAAACGCUGCCAGAGUGACAGUUUCAUUUUUUCGAAUCAGACUGACCAAAGGAAGCGUGUUCUUUGGCCAGAGACACCAGGAAAAUGGAUAAACACAAGCGCCUGCGGAUCCGAGUUCCAGCUGUCUGACCGCCCCUUAUUUAUUUCUCACGGCGUGACUGGAGCGACGCGGCACCACGAGGCCAUGAGCGGCGCUCCGGCACCGGGACGCCGUGGUGCAGCAACGCAGAGGCUCCUUUAGCUCACAGCCCGUGCCCCUGCCAGCCCUGCCAGGCUGCUCCGCUCCCAGACAAGUGCCAACGUUCCCCUGCAGCCCGGGACGGGCUCUGCCUCCCGCCGGGGCUGCCCUCGCCCCCCUCAGCCAGGGGGGGCUGUAACCUCUGUUUCGUUACUCACUAGGAAAGGAGAAGCAGCAUUUAAACCAGCAUGGCCUGGGCUGUCCCCAGGUGGGCUCCUGCCUGGCAGGGCAGGACUGUGGAGGCCAAAUCCCUGCUCACUUUGUGUCUGUGCCCAGGGAAAAGCCCAGCUAGGAGGGAAACGAGGAGACCAACCCUCAGCUGCUCAGGCAUUUCUGCUUGUCCUUCCCUCCUCCUUGUGAGGGGAUGUGGGCAGCACCCCCUGUGCUGAUACCCCAGCUAGUGCCAGUCCCUUCUGUGUGAGUAGGUAACUGAGGCAGGAAGCAGCCAGAGCCUGCCAGGGGAAGGGAGAGGAACAGACAAGUACACCAGUGGGGUCAGAACUGCCAAGAGAAACUCGAGUCUCACACAUCUGAGCAGAGUUUUCCUCCACUGCCCCCCUGUGCCGUGGCUCUGGCUGACGGAGCCGCUGGUGCCACCGGGGAGAUGGAAAUGGAAGAAGCUUCUGUUUGGGAAUCUCCCUGCAGCUGGGCUGGAGUCACUGGCUCUGUGGCAGGUAAGUGCAGCUCAGUGCAGGUACAGCCCAGCCCAGGCCCUUGGCUUAUUUGUACACUAAUUUUCAUGGGCCUCCUGACUGUAAUGAAAAAGCUCAGAGAAGCUGGAACUCUGGAGGGGAGCACAGUCACCCCCACCACAGCAACACUGCUAUGGAACUUGGUCCAAGUAGCACUGGAGCCCUUACACCAACGAUUGUCUUAAUAAUGUUUCAGUUUUUACCAUUGCUCUUUUAGUGUAGUGUGAAUCAGAAGGGAAUUAAUUACCAAUGAUGCCAGUGCCUCACCCCUUCCUGCUUCCUUCUGCAGCACAGCACAGCCCUUCUGGGUGCUGCAGCCCCUGUAGAGUGGAGGUGCAGCCAGGGGUCACAGCCCUGCUCCUGGGAGGACAUGCAGCCCUGCCUGUGGCCAGGCAGCAGUGGCAGCUGAAGGACUUGCUUCUUCUUAACAGUUAAGAACCUUAAUUUGGUUUAAAAGACUUUUUUCUUUCCACUAGAGCCCCCUGAACAACCCCCAAAGAUGCUUUUCCUUAAGCCAACAUGGGCUGCAGGACACAACAGAGAAUGUCUCAGCCAGGCAGGACCCUUGGGGGGCGUCACAUACGGGCAGCCCCUUGGGCUCAGGGUUUCCUGCGUGUCACAGGUGGGUCCCUGAUCCAGGACGGCUGCAGGUGUCACAGGAGAUGUCCUGUUCCCUCUGCUUGGGGUGGGAGCUGUGAUGGCCAAAAGCUCCUGCCUGCUGAGCAAAAGCAGCCCCCUCUGUGUUGGUGUUAUCAGCACUGGGUCAGGCUCCACUUCACCUGGGGUAAAGGAGCCCCAAAGCCAGGAGCCUGGGGCAGGCCUGACCACGGCCCCAGCAGGGAAACCCCCCUCGGUACAGAUGGUUCUCGCUGGUGCUGAUUUCACUUACCUCAGUUUCUUUUAAUAAAAAGAAUGAAUUACAUCUCUGUUGCUGGGAGUGGAACUCUGUUGCCCCUUGUCCCUAGUGCCCCAUGAGAGCUCUGCUGUUCCUUACGGCAGGGAGAGGGCUGGUGCUGCCGCUGGCAGGAGGAUGGAGCCUCUGCCCGUCCUGAGCUGCUCAAGCUCCUGGUUCCUGCCUGUGCUCAGGCACUUUGAAAUAAACCUUCUGAGGUGUGACCCACAUGGCAAAGCCCAACCAAACACAGCCAGAGCAGAGCAGCACUGGUGCAGGGCAGGCACCAGCAUUUACCUCCCUCUGAGCUCCAUCCCAUCCCCUUCGCUGCCCACCCCACCUGGGGCCGACUGUGCCACGUUACAUCAGACCACACUGGCAGACACAACUCCAGCAGUUCUCUGACACCUUUCUCAAACCAGAACUCUGGCAGUUAAAGCCAUAAAUCAACCUUAACAUUAUAUCUGGGAGGGGGGGAGUGGAUGAGACCGACCCUACUGAACUCCACAAAUGCAUUUAAAACUCUUUAGCCUAAAAUAUCUACACAUUAAAAUGCCAAGAAAAGCAGUACCCGAGCUGUAAGCUCUCCAAAGCCCAAGAUCAAAGUGCCAUCAUCUUUUAAUGUAAACCUUUUGUUGCAUCAACAGUCUUAAGAGGGAUGAGAGACAUCAAAAUAAAAACU